AGGGGCAUCAUUGACGACACGAGGGAGGGAAAAGGAGAGAAAGUUAACCGUACUUUGCAAACGCUGAAAACUUUAAUCUCUUUGAUUCAAACAGACGAUUACACUGGUUAUGAACUUAUGAUGGAGAAGUAAACUUCUUAAAGUAUCUGGGUAUUAAGUUCAAUCUGAAAAUUUGAAAACCAAGAAAGAAGGUUAUGGAUUGCACAUGGAAUUCAAGAACAAGAAGAAGAUUGAAGAACUAGAGAUUACCCAUGAUACCAAUCGCAAUCGCAAACUCAGCCUCAUCGUCAAUUUUCGUAGUGCCAUACGCUAAUAGUGGUGGUUCAUCUUCCAAGAUAGUUGCCCAGAAGAACAAGCAUCCCCAAUCUCCAAAGGGUUCAGAGCCAGCUCCUGCCAGGAUUACAUCAAAUGUGAAGCAGAAUUUGCAGUUCUUGAAGUUAUGGAAGGAAUAUCAAAAGAGAAAAUCUGGCACACCAAAGCCUGCUACGAGUUACCGGAGGAAGAAGGUGGAGAAAGGUGACCUUCCGGAUGAUGAUACCGAGCUCUAUCGUGACCCUACUUUGACCCUCUAUUAUACAAACCAGGGAAUAGACACUGCAGUCCCUGUGUUGCUUGUUGAUGGUUAUAAUGUCUGCGGGUAUUGGCCCAAGCUCAAAAAACAUUUUAUGGGUGGAAGGCUUGACCUUGCUCGCCAAAAGCUUGUUGAUGAGCUCAUAACCUUUGGAAUGCUAAGAGUUUUAACUCUGCCUUGUUAUUGCAUUGGAAAAUUUACAGAGGUUAAAGUGGUAGUUGUUUUUGAUGCUAUGAUGUCUGGCCUUCCAAUGCACAAAGAAAAUUUUGCUGGUGUUGAUAUAGUCUAUUCAACUGAAACCUGUGCUGAUGCAUGGAUAGAGAAAGAGGUUGCAGCGUUGAGGGAGGAUGGGUGCCCAAGGGUGUGGGUUGUCACGUCUGAUCGAUGUCAGCAACAUGCAGCACAUGGAGCGGGGGCUUUCGUUUGGAGUGCAAAGGCAUUAGUUUCAGAGGAAUCCACUCUCUGGGCCACAGCAAGAGGUGCCAUGAUGUGCCCUGAUACCACUUUGAUAUGCCUUGCUCAAACUGGAACCUCAGACUCAGCAAAUAAUAAACAAGAACACAAAAGUAAUAAGGAAAAAAGGUUUUAAGAAGAUUAAGUGAGUUCAUAACAGAUUCAUGAACAAUUGAAGAACAAGAUAGAGACUCUCUAGCUAUUCGACCAAGAAGAUUCCAAUCUCUUAAAACAUGCCUCUCCACUACUAAUAGCACAACAACAUACUACUAAAAAGGUAAACCACCAAUUUUACCCUAAACUACAUGCCUCUCCCACUGACUUCCACUACUAAUAGCACAACAACAUACUACUAAAAAGGUAAACUACCAAUUUUACCCUAAACUGACUAGGGCGCUAUUUCCUUUUGAGCUGGAUUUCAUGAUUUACCCCUCCUAGCAUAAAUGUAGUGAAUUGGAGGUUUAGCAGCAAGUGUGGCAUUUCUAUAAAGAAAAGUUAAAACUCAGUUUAUUUUCACUUCUUUGUUUUUGGUUUACCUUUUUCAGUAAAAUGCACAAUACCUUAUCAUAUUUAUAUGAAUACAAUGAAUAAUGUAUAAACAUCAAAAUAUUUGUCUAAUUACUCAUUUUUUUUGUUGUAAAGUAUUGCUUUUUUCUUUUUGUCGAAAUAUAUUGGGUUAAUUCCAUAAAAGGCCCACGAGUUUGAUGUUUUUAUGGUUUUUUUUUUUCCCAAAAACCCCAAAACUUUUCGAACAUUUUCUAUCUGGUUUGCUGGUAGUUUUCCCAAAUGCUGUAGGGUUAAAAGAAAACGUUUUUUUCCAACGUGGUAACGUUAUUAUAUAGCUAUAUAUAACACCGAACAAGAUUAUUAAAAAAGUUUUUUUUUUUUUUUUUUUUUUUCCUUCCUUCUGGAAAAGAUUAUUAAAGUAGGCUUUAUGAUACAUACAUAUUUAUAUAUCCACAUUUACAAAGCCUCUCAAAGCAAAGGUAAAUAUAGAUGUAGAGGGUGAAAGGGUGUGAUGGUUUGAAGCUAUUACACACCCUUGGUGGUUUUCCAUCUUCCUCCAUCAAGAACACCAUAAGCAACAACAACAAUGUGACAUGUUUCUGAUAAAAAAAAAGUGUGAUUUUUAGAUUUUUUUUGUAUUACCGGUAAACCUGCUAAGAAUGCCAAAAUAAAAAAAAAAGUUGGAACAGUUUGGAGAAAUUAUUUUUAGGUUUAAACCGUAAAAACAUCAAAAACCAUGAAAGAUUAUUAAAGUAGGCUUUAUGAUACAUACAUAUUUAUAUAUCCACAUUUACAAAGCCUCUCAAAGCAAAGGUAAAUAUAGAUGUAGAGGUGGCGCUAUCUUCAUGAAAGAUUAACCCAAUUAUAUUUUGUCCAA